GCGGAGUUAGCCCUCAAAAAUCGGACCAAUCAGAGAUGGGGGCUGGUUACCCUUCCGCCAAUCGCAACGGGUGCCCUUCACGUGUCAUUGUACACAGGCAAGGGUCAAGCUCUAGCUCUGCACGGAACACCAGGUAACAAGCCAGACAGACCGAAAUCUGAAGUCCGACCCCGACAGUCAGACACUGAUAAUCGAGCCGCAGACGGUUGAAAAUCAAGGACACUCUCACCCGACCAAUUUCUUCAAAGCUCAUUUGCAAGAUGGAAGCCAAACCCAAUCUCACCUCAGAAGCGAGCUGGAAGGCUUUGCAGCAGUAUUUUGAUGCCAAUAAGGAUAAACUUAAUAUUAAGAGUCUCAUCCAACAGGAGGACCGCUUUACCAAAUUUAGCCUUAAUUUGGGAACACCCUCAGAUGGCACCAUUCUGCUUGACUACUCAAAAAAUCGAGUCGACGAGACCACCAUGAAGCUGCUCUUUGAUCUCGCAAGAGCCCGCAAGGUUGAUGCCGCCACAAAAGCCUUGUUUUCAGGCGAGAAAAUCAACUUCACCGAGGGCAGGGCUGUUCUGCACGUCGCCCUGCGGAACAGGCGCAACAAGCCAAUCAUUCUUGAUGGCGCAGACGUAAUGCCCGACGUCAACGCUGUUCUUGCCCACAUGAAAGAGUUCACUGAGAGUGUGAUCAGUGGCAACUGGAAGGGAUACACUGGCAAAAGCAUCACUGAUGUCAUCAAUAUUGGUAUCGGAGGAUCUGACUUGGGUCCUUUGAUGGUAACAGAAGCGCUGAAGCCGUACGCAGUGGGCCCUCAAGUGCAUUUCGUGUCCAACAUUGACGGCACUCACUUGGCUGAGACAUUGAAGAAGCUGAAUCCUGAGACUGCGCUCUUCAUCAUCGCCUCCAAGACAUUCACUACGCAGGAAACGAUCACAAACGCCACCUCCGCUAAAAUCUGGUUCCUGGAAGCCGCCAAAGAUGCGAGCGCCGUCGCCAAGCAUUUCGUGGCACUGUCCACAAACCGAGCCAAGGUCAUCGACUUUGGAAUCGACGAGAAGAACAUGUUUGGCUUCUGGGACUGGGUUGGUGGUCGCUACUCGCUCUGGUCUGCAAUUGGCCUCUCAAUCGCUCUCAGUAUUGGCUACGACAACUUUGAAUCUCUCCUUGCUGGUGCUCACUUUAUGGACCAGCACUUUGAGAAUGCGCCGUUUAAUCAAAAUGCUCCGGUCAUUCUUGCCUUGCUGGGAAUUUGGUACAGCAACUUCUACGGUGCUGAAACUCACUGCCUUUUGCCCUACGAUCAGUAUCUGCACAGGUUUGCCGCUUACUUCCAACAAGGUGACAUGGAAUCUAAUGGAAAGUACAUCACUCGAGCUGGUUCCCAAGUGGACUACAGCACCGGGCCCAUUGUUUGGGGUGAACCUGGUACCAAUGGCCAGCACGCAUUUUAUCAACUCAUCCACCAAGGAACCCGUCUCAUUCCAUGUGACUUCAUUGCGCCCGCCCAAACCCAUAAUUUGGUGCAAAACGGCCUUCACCACAAGAUCUUGCUGUCCAAUUUCCUGGCUCAAACCGAAGCCCUUGCUAUGGGAAAGACCGCCGACGUCGUGAGAAGCGAGUUAGAGAAGUCGGGAAUGUCGCCAGCCGAUAUUGAGAAAAUCCAGCCGCACAAAGUGUUCAUCGGCAACAAGCCCACCAACUCGAUUGUCGUGCGAAAACUGACUCCGUUCACGCUCGGCGCACUGAUCGCCAUGUACGAGCACAAGAUCUUCGUACAGGGAGUCAUCUGGGAUAUCAACUCCUAUGAUCAGUGGGGAGUGGAGCUUGGCAAGCAACUGGCAAAAGCCAUCGAGCCGGAGCUUCAGGAUGACACUCCAGUCUCAAGCCAUGACUCGUCAACUAAUGGUCUUAUCAAUUUCCUGAAAAAGAACUUCUAAUCAUCUCAUCAAAUUAACCCUAGCAUCGCUGCGUUUUCGAGGCUCAAAAGUCUCACCUUUUUGUUAAAAAAUAGUUGUUCUGUUUGUAAUGAAUUUUAGAGAUAUAUUAAAAUAAAUAUGCAAUAUUGA